AUGUCGGAACCAAACACCAAGAAGCAAAAACUAACCCCAUAUAAAAACAUCCUGGUAGAUAAUGCUGGUAACCCGCUCUCCUUCCAUAUUCUGGGCUACUUCACGAAGUCUGACCGGUCUCAGUUGAUCAACAUGAUCCUCGAAAUGGGUGGCAAGAUCGUUCCAGACCUGCCUCCUCUGGUAGAUGGAGUGUUGUUUUUGACAGGGGAUUACAAGUCUAUUGAUGAAGAUACCCUAAAGCAACUGGGGGACGUUCCAAUAUACAGAGACUCCUUCAUCUACCAGUGUUUUGUGCACAAGACAUCUCUUCCCAUUGACACUUUCCGAAUUGACAAGAACGUCGACUUGGCUCAAGAUUUGAUCAAUAGGGCCCUUCAAGAGUCUGUGGAUCAUGUCACUUCUGCCAGCACAGCUGCAGCUGCUGCUGUUGUUGUCGCUACCAACGGCCUGUCUUCUAAACCAGACGCUCGUACUAGCAAAAUACAGUUCACUCCCGAAGAAGAUCGUUUUAUUCUUGACUUUGUUAGGAGAAAUCCUAAACGAAGAAACACACAUCAACUGUACACUGAGCUCGCUCAGCACAUGAAAAACCAUACGAAUCAUUCUAUCCGCCACAGAUUUCGUCGUAAUCUUUCCGCUCAACUUGAUUGGGUUUAUGAUAUCGAUCCAUUGACCAACCAACCUCGAAAAGAUGAAAACGGGAACUACAUCAAGGUACAAGAUCUUCCACAAGGAAUUCGUGGUCAUUAUUCUGCCCAAGAUGAUUACAAUUUGUGUUUAUCGGUUCAACCUUUCAUUGAAUCUGUAGAUGAGACAACAGGCCAAGAAUUUUUCAAACCUCUGAAAGGUGUAUUUGAUGACUUGGAAUCUCGCUUUCCUCACCAUACAAAGACUUCCUGGAGAGACAGAUUCAGAAAGUUUGCCUCUAAAUACGGUGUUCGUCAGUACAUCGCGUAUUAUGAAAAGACUGUUGAACUCAAUGGUGUUCCUAAUCCGAUGACGAACUUUACCUCAAAGGCUUCCAUUGAAAAAUUUAGAGAAAGACGCGGGACUUCACGUAACAGUGGCCUUCCAGGCCCGGUUGGUGUAGAAGCUGUAAGCUCUUUGGACCACAUAUCCCCAUUGGUCACAUCUAAUUCCAAUUCUGCAGCUGCUGCAGCUGCUGCCGCAGCAGUUGCAGCCUCUGCCUCUGCUUCUUCAGCUCCUAAUACUUCAACUACCAAUUUCUUUGAACAGGAGAAUAUUGCCCAAGUUCUCUCUGCACAUAACAACGAGCAGUCUAUUGCAGAAGUUAUUGAGUCCGCACAGAAUGUCAACACCCAUGAAAGUGAACCUAUAGCUGAUCAUGUUCGAAAAAAUCUUACAGACGAUGAAUUGCUUGACAAAAUGGAUGAUAUUUUAAGCUCCAGAAGUCUAGGCGGACUAGAUGACUUGAUAAAGAUCCUCUACACUGAGCUGGGAUUUGCUCAUCGUUAUACCGAAUUUCUUUUUACCUCAUGUUCUGGUGAUGUGAUUUUCUUCCGACCAUUAGUGGAACAUUUCCUUCUUACUGGUGAGUGGGAGCUGGAGAAUACUCGUGGCAUCUGGACCGGUCGUCAAGACGAAAUGCUACGUGCUAGCAAUCUAGAUGACCUGCACAAGUUAAUUGACCUGCAUGGGAAAGAACGUGUUGAGACCAGAAGAAAAGCCAUCAAGGGAGAAUGA